GGAGGCAGCUAACCCGGAAGAAAGGCGCGAUUUAGGCUGUAGCUGCAGUCCGGGGUGUCCACAUGUUCCUCUGUGACUGUGCAUAUGCCGUCUAAUGUUAGUGGAGGGAUACAGAAGAAGUAUAACAGCGAAAUGAAAAGUGGGCAAGCUCGUUAAAGACACUGUUAGAAGAUGCUGAGUGAUUCUAAGGCUGCAGAGCUGCUCUCCUUCCUAACCCCCAGUACACGUCCUGAUGUCAAAGGUCACGCCACAGAGUACAUCCUGGGACUGUCUGGACACAGGGAUGGCUGCCGAUUCCUCCGCUCUAAACCUGACUUACUUGUUGCCCUGUUUGCUCUGAAUUCUGACCCGUCUAUUGCUAUAGUGAAGGACUGUUACCACAUUCUCAUCAACCUGUCAGCUGACGAGACUCUGCACCAGGUUUUGGUGGCAGAUGUCAAAGUUCUUCCAGUGUUGUUAAAGAACCUUCUGGAUCCAGAGUACCCGUUCUCUGAUCAGGUCUGCACCAUCUUGUCCAACCUGACCCGCCAUGAUAAGACCUGCAAAACUGUGUUCAAGGUCCUCCAGGAGGGGGUUGGUCUGGCUCAGCUGGUGGAGAUCUUUUGUAAUGAAGGUUACAACAAGAAGGCUAAGCUUCACUACCUGGGUCCUCUGCUGUCCAACCUGACACAGCUGCCCGAGGCCAGAAACUACAUUUUGGACAAGGACAGGUGUGUAGUCCAGAGGUUGUUGCCCUUCACUCAGUACCAGGCAUCAGUGGUGAGGAGGGGAGGAGUCAUAGGCACUCUGCGCAACUGUUGCUUUGACCACGCCCACCAUGAUUGGUUGCUAAGCGACGCUGUGGACAUCCUGCCCUUCCUCCUGCUGCCGCUGGCCGGUCCAGAAGAGCUGACAGAGGAAGAAAAUGAAGGUCUGCCUGUGGACCUGCAGUACCUCCCGGAGGACAAGAAGAGAGAAGAAGACGCAGACAUCAGGAAGAUGCUGCUGGAAACACUUUUACUGCUGACAGCGACUAAAGCCGGCAGGCAGACGCUAAAAGACAAGAACGCUUAUCCGAUCAUGAGAGAGUUCCACCGCUGGGAGAAGGACGUCCACGUUACAGCAGCCUGUGAGAAACUGGUGCAGGUGCUGAUUGGAGACGAGCCGGAGCAGGGGAUGGAGAACCUGAUGGAGGUGGAGAUUCCUGAGGAUGUGGAGGAGAAACUGAAGGAGGCUGACACCAAAGAACAGCAGGAGCUGGAGAAAGAGCAGGAGAAGAUGAGACAGGAGGAGGAGGAGGAGAAGAAGAAGAGUGGCGCAGACAAAGGACAGGAGAAUGAACUGAUACAAUAAAGCCUGUUUUUAGACCUGAAAUCUGUAACAUUUCUGGCUUCAUAUACUAUAUCUGUUAAAGUGACGGCUUUUUGUCAUUCAGACAUGGGUGUUUAUUAAAUGUUCAAUACGGCUUUAUUGAGACAUGACUCGACAGUUGCAGAUACUGCUGGAGAAUAGCUCUGAGUUGAAAAGUAAAAGCAAGCGAUGAUAUGAAAGAAGAGGAGUGUUUUCUGUUCUCCCACAGGCUGCAUCAGUGAAGGAUUUUAAAAUGUAUUUUGCUGUUGAAGCCUUAAUUAGUGGUGUGAGUGUGAGGGAGACUCAGCCUGCUUCUCACAGGGAAGCCACUGAUACGUUUUCAUCAUCUAUUACUGAUUCCUGAUUCAUGCUUUAUAAUGGCUGACAGUGAUGAAUCACAUAAUGUUAAGUUGGGGCUCUCGUGUAAUUGCUAUUUAUGGUUGUUUUUUUCCCUCCUCUGUCCCACAAAACAAGGGGAAAAAAUCAUUUUAUAGAUGAAUCUGACAUGAGAAGAGUCGCAACAACUAAAAAUUGGCUCAUUUGCAGUGUUUUGUGUGUGUUAAACAGAUUUUAUUAUUAUUUUCCUUUAAGAUGAUUAAUGACAAAUUUAUUACAGUGGUCCGAAAAUGCAGAACAAGUGAAUUUAUGAUGUAAAUGUGACUCAGGUGCUUAUUUAGAUGUGAGACGACAUGUAAAAUCACCAAUACUACCUAAUGGUGUGCAUUCUGACCCUUCUGAGGACUGAGCAUCUUCACCGUGAUGAGAUCUCACCUUCUGGUUGGGUUGUCAGACUGUUUUGAGGGUGAAGUUCACUCCUUAACACCCAUUUCACUCAAUUUCCACUUUAAGUCGGUUUAAGGUUUGACUGUUUAUUAUGUAUCAUGUCGUUCCACCGCUUCAUUGAAGCUAUAUGAUGUUUACACUGAGUGAAAUAUUCAAACCCAUGACAAUAUUCUACACGUCUGCUGCCUCAUUUCAGACACUCUUCCCCUGAAUUCAGUCUGACAGAUUUGAAAUCUUUGAGAUCUCCACUAGAAUUUAAAAUACAUUUCUGUGUGUCUGAACAAUGUUCGGCUCCACAGCAUGCGAUUGUAAUAACUGUUCUGUGACUUUUAGGAGGUUAAAGGAAAUAUCCGCCUUUAAAACACGUAAACAUUGUUAAAAAACAGCUGAUGUACAUUGCAUCCGUGUUCGGUGAUCUGUCUCGAUAUAUUCUGGUAUGAUUCGACCACUAAAGGCAAUUAAGAGAAUAUUAUCCCUUGCCAAAUAAAUUAAGUGUCACAAUUGCCAUUUAUUUCAGAUAUAAUCCUCAGUGCUGUGAAAUAAGCUACAAGAGUAACUUAUGAACCCGUUGUACUGCCUUAUUCUCUUAUGCAUGGAGUCUGGAGUGUGCCACCGUAAUAAUUAUAGUCUUUUUCAGUGUAAUAUAUUCAGACUUGACAAACACAUUAUACGACUGUUUUUACAGACUGAGUAGAACUAACCAGUGAACUGAUGGUGUGGUACAAAAUUAGCUGAGCCCUUUAAUAAAUUUAGAAAUAUGAAAUUAGUUAAUUGCAUUUCCCUUAAAAUGAUGCAGUGAAAAGUAAACAUCAUUGAACUUGCCAAUCAAUAAUUCAGUUUUCUUAUUCUGGCUUUAAAUAAUGAAUAAAUUAUUGAAUUUCAAGAUGGAA